AUGGAUCCCAACAGGAUCAUCCAGGCCCUCAAGGGCACCAUCGACCCCAAGCUGCGCAUCGCGGCCGAGAACGAGCUCAAUCAGUCGUACAAGAUCAUAAAUUUUGCUCCCAGUCUACUACAAAUCAUAGUUUCGGAUCAAGUUGAAUUUCCAGUACGUCAAGCAGCUGCCAUUUACCUGAAGAACAUGGUGACGCAGUACUGGCCGGAUCGGGAACCACCACCAGGAGAAGCUGUAUUUCCAUUCAACAUUCAUGAAAAUGAUCGCCAGCAAAUUCGUGAUAACAUUGUGGAAGGAAUUAUUCGGUCUCCUGACUUAGUGAGGGCCCAGUUGACAAUGUGCCUCCGUGCUAUCAUUAAGCAUGACUUUCCUGGCCAUUGGACAGCAGUUGUAGACAAGAUAGGCUAUUACUUGCAGUCUCAGAACAGUGGGAGCUGGCUUGGCAGCCUGCUGUGUUUGUAUCAGCUGGUGAAAACUUAUGAAUACAAGAAAGCAGAGGAGCGAGAUCCUCUCAUAGCAGCAAUGCAAAUAUUCUUGCCUCGGAUUCAGCAGCAGAUGAUCCAGCUUCUUCCUGAUAACUCCCAUUACUCUGUACUGCUUCAGAAACAGAUCUUAAAAAUCUUCUAUGCACUUGUGCAGUAUGCAUUGCCGCUCCAGUUGGUGAAUAACCAGACCAUGACUCAGUGGAUGGAGAUUUUCCGUACUAUCAUCGAUAGGAAUGUGCCUGCUGAGACAUUACAGAUUGAUGAAGAUGAUAGGCCAGAGCUGGUGUGGUGGAAAUGUAAGAAGUGGGCAUUGCAUAUCGUAGCUCGUCUUUUUGAACGGUAUGGAAGUCCUGGAAAUGUAACAAAAGAAUAUUUUGAAUUUUCAGAGUUCUUCUUAAAAACCUACGCUGUGGGAAUCCAACAGGUUCUCUUAAAAAUCUUAGACCAGUACAGGCAAAAAGAAUAUAUUGCUCCUCGUGUCCUUCAGCAAAUCUUAAACUAUCUGAACCAAGGGGUCAGUCAUUCUGUAACUUGGAAGCAGAUGAAGCCACACAUACAGAGUAUAUCUGAAGAAGUGAUUUUCUCCCUAAUGUGUUAUAAAGAUGAGGAUGAAGAGCUGUGGCAAGAGGAUCCAUAUGAGUACAUACGCAUGAAAUUUGAUGUGUUUGAGGAUUAUGCAUCUCCUACAACAGCAGCCCAGAAUCUCCUCUACACUGCAGCAAAGAAGCGAAAAGAGGUAUUACCGAAGAUGAUGGCAUUUUGCUAUCAGAUCCUCACAGAACCAAACAUUAACCCUAGAAAGAAAGACGGAGCAUUGCACGUGAUGGGAUCUCUAGCAGAUAUUUUACUGAAGAAGAGUGUAUUCAAGGAUCAAAUGGAGCUGAUGCUACAGAAUCACGUAUUUCCAUUGUUCAUGUCUAACCUGGGGUAUCUCAGAGCAAGAUCCUGUUGGGUUCUUCAUUCAUUCAGCACUUUGAAAUUCCACAAUGAACUCAACCUAAGGAAUGCAGUAGAGCUGGCAAAGAAGAGCUUGAUUGAUGACAAGGAAAUGCCUGUCAAAGUAGAAGCUGCCAUAGCUCUUCAGGCAUUAAUAAGCAAUCAGGAGCAAGCAAAGGAAUAUGUAAAGCCGUAUGUCAGGCCCGUUAUGCAGGAGCUGUUACACAUCGUUAGAGAGACAGAAAAUGAUGAUCUUACUAAUGUUAUCCAGAAGAUGAUCUGUGAGUACAAUCAGGAAGUAGCUACGAUCGCUGUUGACAUGACACAACACCUGGCUGAGAUAUUUGGUAAAGUUCUUCAGAGUGAAGAAUAUGAGGAAGUGGAGGACAAGACAGUGAUGGCAAUGGGAAUCUUACACACUAUUGACACUAUUCUAACAGUUGUGGAAGAUCACAAAGAGAUAACUCAACAGUUGGAGAGCAUUUGUUUACAGAUCAUUGGCCUCGUUUUGCAGAAACACGUAAUAGAGUUUUAUGAAGAAAUUCUCUCCUUGGCAUACAGUUUGACGUGCCAGAUGAUUUCCCCCCAAAUGUGGCAGCUUUUAGGUGUUCUAUAUGAAGUUUUCCAGCAGGAUUGCUUUGAAUACUUUGCAGAUAUGAUGCCUCUCAUGCACAAUUAUGUGACCAUCGACACUGAUACUUUACUGUCUAAUCCAAAACAUUUAGAAAUCAUUUACACUAUGUGUAAAAAGGUAUUAACUGGAGAUGCAGGAGAAGAUGCAGAGUGUCAUGCAGCCAAACUUUUAGAAGUAAUUGUUCUUCAGUGCAAAGGGCGGUGUAUUGACCAGUGUAUCCCACUCUUUGUAGAAGCUGUGCUAGAGCGAUUAACUCGAGGAGUUAAAACAAGUGAGCUUCGUACCAUGUGUCUUCAGGUUGCCAUAGCUGCCCUUUACUACAAUCCUGACCUACUUCUGCACACGUUAGAGAACAUCAGAUUUCCACACAACCCUGAGCCCAUCACAGCGCAGUUCAUAAACCAAUGGAUGAAUGACACAGAUUGUUUUCUUGGACUUCAUGACCGAAAGAUGUGUAUAAUAGGACUGAGCAUCCUAAUGGAAUUGCAAAACCGACCUCCUGCGGUAGAUGCUGUGGCUGCGCAGAUUGUUCCUUCAAUCCUGCUCCUGUUUCUGGGAUUAAAACAAGUGUGGGCUACGCGAGAAUUUACGGAACAUGAAGACCAGGCUAAAGACGAAAAACACGAUGCAGAAGAUAAUGAAGAGAUCCCAAGUGAUGAAGAGGAGACAAAUGAAGUGGGUCAGGCAAUGCAAGAGAAUCAUGGAGGAGGUGGUGGUGGAGGAGAAGAUGAAGAUGAGGAUGACGACGAUGAUGACUGGGAUGAAGAUGCAUUGGAAGAAACUGCUCUAGAAGGAUUUAGCACUCCUCUUGACCUUGAAGAUGGUGUAGAUGAAUAUCAGUUUUUUACACAAGCACUGUUAACGGUUCAGAUCCGGGAUGCAGUCUGGUACCACUCACUGACAGCACCACUGAGCGAUGAUCAGAAGAAACAAUUACAGGAAAUUUACACAUUAGCAGAACACCGGCGAAGUGCUGCAGAGACUAAGACGAUAGAACAACAAAGUGGCUACACGUUUGACAACAAAGGACUGAUCACAGCAUUUAACUUUGGUGGAAAUGCUCCUGGAGGCAACUGA